GCCUCUUUUACCAACAAACCUGGGAAGCAAAUCCGAUAAGAAUUCGCAACAAAACACAAGAGGAUUAGCAGCACCUAAAGGAAAGAAAACUGCCACGAGAACAACAUCCAAAUAAAAAUGCUCCCACAACUACUGCCUCUACUUCUGAUCACGCUCUGCCAGGCCGGCGCAGCCCAAGACCUGUCCAUUUUCUCGCCACCUUCCUCGUCCAAGUACAAAUACCACGGGUGCUACAACGAGACUACGGGCCUGCCGGGCACCUCCGGGGUACAGCGCGCCAUUGACGGCAAGCAUAAGACGGCGCCAGGGUCCAUGACGGUGCAGUCGUGUCUUGACUUUUGCGGGUCCGAUGAUACUGUGUACAAGUUUGCAGGGAUCGAGUUCUCACGAGAGUGCUGGUGUGGAAACAUCCUGUCUGGCCUCUCCGUCAGGGUCGACGACGACCAGUGCAACACGGCUUGUGAUGGCAAUGCCAGCAUCGCCUGUGGCGGGCCACUGAAACUUUCGGUCUAUAUGUCGGGCGCUCAUAGAGUGGCAGUUACUUCAGCAAACUUGAUUAUCGGAAUCACGGCUAUGGCCGCUGGUAUAAUCAGCAUGUCAUGAAAUCAAGAGGCUACAAGUCAGGUAGCCUUAAUUCAAGAAAACGACCUGCUACUUGUCAUAACAUCAUAACGUAUCAACCAUAGAGGUAUAGAGUGACACCUUCGUUGGGGAGUUGUAUCCACUCUCAACCCAAGUCCAUGGGUCCCAGCCCUCUCUCUGCCAGAGCUUCUUGUACAACACGCUUGAUGCGCUCAACAGCGGCUUGCCAUUGUUUCUUUCCUUUUCCUGAGCUAUCCCCCUCCUCUUCCUCUUCCACCAACCAGUCUAGCCAUGCGACAAGUACCUGCGCCUUCUCCAAAUUUCUCUCCUCACGUAUGACUUUUAGUAGGUAUGUCUCAAGCACCUCUGUGUCCCGC